AUGGAGAUCACAGGAGACAAGGAAGUGCUUGCUCUUCUUCUGCUCAUGGUCUUGCGGAGGAAAAGCAACUCCAAUAAAGAACCCCUCCUUCCAGAAGAUGAUGUACGGGACAACAUCUACUAUUAUGAUGAGGAAGGCAAUGGAGAAGAUGAUCAGGACUUUGAUUUGAGUGUGCUGCACCGAGGUCUGGACAACAGACCAGAAGUGUUCAGGAAUGAUGUGGCGCCCACUUUCAUGCCUGCACCUCAGUACAUUCCUCGACCGGCCAACCCUGAGGAGGUCAGCACAUUCAUUAAUGAAAAUCUGAAGGUUGCAGAUAACGACCCCACAGCUCCUCCCUACGACACUCUGCUGGUGUUUGACUAUGAAGGAGGAGGUUCAGAUGCAGGUUCACUUAGUUCACUCAACUCUUCCAGCUCGGGAAACGACCAAAACUAUGACUUCCUCAAUGAGUGGGGCUCAUGCUUCAAGAAACUGGCAGACAUGUAUGGAAGAGAAGAGGUUUAAGAUUGUUUAGGUUUACACAAAACACACGAUUGAAGUCUUUUUCAUGGGAGCAGUCUGCGCAGGAACAUGGCUUUUUCACUUUAAAUACUUUCAAGCAAAGAGUUUCCAAGCAAAGAGACAUUUGAUAUUUAGUAUUGUGGUUCAGUGGGAAGAUGUUGUGAUACAUCUGGUUGCCCAGAAUGUAUUUUAUGUAAUGAUUUUGUAAAACAU